AUGUCUCCCUCCGCUGCCUCUCGCAAACCCACCGUCCUCAUAACAGGUUGCUCUGAUGGUUCUCUCGGCGCUGCACUCGCGAUUGCUCUGUCGUCGACGCACCGUGUCUUCGCCACAGCCCGCGAUCCCAACAAGCUCAUCACCACGCAGUCGGCCGGAGUCGAUAUCCUAACCCUCGAUGUACUCUCAUCCACCUCCAUCACCGAAUGCGUAUCAUCCAUAAGCCAUCUGACUGGCGGCUCUCUCGACAUGCUCGUGAACAACGCCGGCAGCACCUACUUCACCGCUCUAGCCGACAUCGACACCAGCAAAGCCAAGGAACUCUUCGACCUCAACGUCUGGGCACAACUGUCCGUAACACAGGCAUUCCUACCGCUGCUAUUGGCUUCGAAGCGCGACGGUGGUGCCAUCAUCGUCAAUCACACCUCCACGUCCUCCCUCGUCGCUCCGCCCUUUACAGCCAUGUACGCGGCGAGCAAAGCCGCGCUGGCCAUCAUGACAGACGCUCUGCGCCAUGAGCUGAGCCCGUUCGGUAUCAACGUCGUUGACCUCAAGACCUCGUCUACCUUCAGCAACUUGAAUGGCAACCAGGUCGUGGGGGCCCCGGCGGUGCCGAAGGGCAGUCUAUACUGGGCUGCAAGAGACUGGCUGAAUGAGCUGUACACUGGCGAGCCGUUUAUGAAGGGGGCGAUGGGCACGGAGGAGUGGGGAAAGAGGGUUGCAAAGCAGUUACAGAAGAGAAAACCCAACGCGCAGGUGUGGGAGGGCGGCUUUCCCUGGUUGAUGUGGUUUGUUACUUGGUUGCCGAAUGGAGUGGCGCAGAAGUUGCUUGCUGAUGCGGCGGGCAUGCCGAGGGUGACGGCGGAGCUGAAGAGUUAUGGGGUCGAGAAAGCCGUCUCUGAGGCUUAUGGAACUGAGGUGGCUAAGUCGUAG